UUAAAUGAAGCUUCUUCCCAAUGUAUUUCACAUAGACAAACACUGAACAAACUUCAAUGUUAGCUUCCAUGGCGAAAUAUCAGUUGUUAAUUGCUCUCUUCUUCACUGUGGCUCUUGCAAAGAUUGAGCUCUCCACUAGCCAUGUCCUCAAGGGAUCAGUCACUUGCCUGGAUUGUAAUACCCACUAUGAUCUCUCAGGCAUUCAGGUGCUGGUGAAAUGUGCCAAUGUGAAAAAAUUGGCUGCAGCAUACACGGAAGAAGAUGGCACUUUUGAGAUCAAACUUCCCUCAGGCUCCUCAGCUUCACCCAACUGUUUGGCCAAGAUCAUGGGAGGUCCACACCAGCUUUACACUCCAAGAAAAAAUUCUGUGUCCACAAUUGAUAAAGCAGAUGGAUCUGGCUACUACACUAUACACAAAUCUCUCAACUUCUACAAAUCAUGCCCAUUGGCCUUAAAGGACCAGGGAAAAUGUGUAGCAACCGCAAAUGAGGAUUUUGGUGCAUCCAAAACAGUGGAUUUGCCUCUGCCUAGUGAAUGGGGAUUUGCACCAACUAGCUAUUAUUUUCCUUUUCUUCCUAUAAUAGGGAUUCCUUAAUUAAUGAGUUAUAUUUAAUAAGCUGUUUGUUGUAUCGAGAACUGCACUGUUAAGUACAGGCAAUCAAGACUGGAAGGUCACUAUCAAUAUAUAUAAAUCUAUAUAUAUAUAUAUAUAUAUAUAUGGGUAGACAGACUGCUUUGUGUGGAUAGAAUGUAUUAAGCUAUAAAUAAAGUGUUUUGCCAUCUAGCUAGCUAGAUAUUAUCAUA